AUGCCAUCAUCCGGCCACCACAUAGGAUUGGUGUGGGGUCUUAAUGGAAGGACACAAGCAUUCCAAACCAUGAAGAAUGUUCUAGAGGUGCCCAAGCUGAAGGUGUGCGCGCUGCGUGUCAGCAGCCGGGCCCGCAGCCGCAUCCUCAAGGCCGGUGGCAAGAUCCUCACCUUUGACCAGCUGGCCCUGGAAUCCCCCAAGGGCCGUGGCGCUGUGCUGCUAUCUGGUCCUCGGAAAGGCCGGGAGGUGUACAGGCAUUUUGGCAAGGCCCCAGGAACCCCACACAGCCACACCAAACCUUAUGUCCGCUCCAAGGGCCGGAAGUUCGAGCGUGCUAGAGGACGGCGUGCAAGCCGCGGCUACAAAAACUAACUACCCCAGAUUUUGUCUUAUUAAAAAGUUUUUGGAUGCUGAAAAAAAAAAAAAAAAAAAAA